AAGGGAUGAGACUAGUCGCUACUGGCAGGCCUGCUCAUGUCAGUGGGCCUUGAUGGGCUGGCGAUAUUCUGGGAAUUACCUUGAUUAGAUGAUCCUAACUGUCCCAUUGGAGGACUUAACAUUUUGGGCUAUUUUUUAUCAUGACGGUUAGGAUUUGUGUGACUUUUGGUUUAACUGAUCUCGUUAUGGGCUGGCACAAUGAAAUUAACCAAUCAAUAUAGUCUCUCUUUGGAAAAUGAGAUUUGUCUCUUUUCACUUUGGGUUUUUCCUUAUUUAUCCAGGGUUUUUUUAGUUGAACACUGUCUGGAAAAGAAAAAGGCUAGGUUUUCGAUGCUUUCUAUCUGCUUGCCUGGAUAGCUUUUCCUUUCUAUCCUGACAUCAUCACCGCACAUGCGGCUCACAUUUAAAAUUUUCAUUGCCAUGCAACCAGCCCUGCCAUGGAAAAGCUAUGGCCCACAAAGUACGCCAAUUGGACAAUCACAAUGUUCAAUUGCUAGCCUGCAGAUGGAUAUUUGAUAUAUAAAAAAAGGGCGUCCACAUUCAAUGGACAAGAAUCAAUUUCUACCUGAUUGUUAAGAUUGACUCUUGGGCUUAUGAUCUGUCCAUGGAGCACACUCACAGAUGAUCUGGCAUUGUCCACAUGGUCAUGUUUAUGGUGGAAAUGAUUGAGAGGACGUUUUUCUUCCGGCUGCAUCAGAUACAAAAUGAUCCCUUGAAUUUGGCAUUUUCUUUUUCAAAACAUCAGAUAGGCUCAUUGCAUUAGGCGUUAUUGUUGCAAAUGUUUUCCAGUUCUCAUUAAGUUGAAUUGCUAUGGAUGUGUGUUUAAUAUGCAGCUGGGCAACAGCUUCCUAUUUCAGAUGUUGAUGAGGAGUUAGCAUCCACAUUUCUUCAACAGAUUGAUUUACAGACCAAAGAACUACUCCUUCCAUUCCAAUGUUUCUGCAGUAGACGAGCGUUAUUUUUUAUUGCAUGUCUAUAAUUGGAACCCUCUGGUGAUGUGAGUUGGCCAUAUCUCCUACACAGCCAGUUACAGUGCAAGGAAGUCAUCCUAGAUGAUGAUGAUAUAUCAAAGGCCAUCAUCAAUUAUGUUGUGCAUCAAUCUGCCGAUAAGCUCAUUCUUGGUACAUCAUCUAGAAGUGCAUUCACUAGAGCUUUUAAGCAAGCAGAUGUCCCUACAUCCGUUUUGAAGAUGGUGCCAGAAUUCUGCUCUUUAUAUGUCAUAUCGAAGGGAAGGAUAACGUUGACCCGACAGGCUCCUAAACCUAAUACAUAUCCUAGACGGUCAAGUCCCAAGUUCGAAGCUGCCGGGAAUGCAUUCCAAUCUACUAAAAGUUUGUCUUCUAGAAUAGCUGCUGCGAGCCGGUUCCCACACACCAUGAUCAAGAGUUUGUCAGCUAAGGGUAUGCAUCUGAAUUCACAAAUUAGGUCUCCACCGGAGAGAAACUCAAGAAUUCUAUGUGGUCCUGAAAGAGGUAUCAGCGCUGGGAGCAAUGAAAAUCAAAUCAAUGAAAGGAUCAAUAGUGUUAGCCAAGGUGGAGGGCAUCUCGAUUUUUCUUAUCAGAGUAUGAGUUCAUGUCCAAGCCCACUCAGGAACAGCAUUGAACAACCAAAUAUUUAUGUUUUGCGAGACCAAAUUGACGGCAUGGCACGACAGUCGAGGUUUUUUGGUACACGUGAUGGAUAUUACCAUCACGAUGAGAAAAUGAGAGUUUUUGAGCCUAGCAGAUCUGGCAAGCAAUACUGGUCAAAUCAAUCUGGAUUCAGUGAGUAUGGGCAUUCGCUGUUGGGCUUGCAGGAGCCUGGUGGAGCUUCUUGGUCUUCACACUCACAGGCCCAAGAUCUCCAACCAUCGAAGGUCGAAAAGGAGCGGGGAAGGGAACCAAAAAGAUUUUCCAGAGCAGCAGCAACUGGAAUGACAGAGGAGAAGGAGAGGAGUAGGGCAGCGCUAGGAGCAUCCCAAGCUGCCCUAAAUAUGGCGGAGUUGGAUGAAACCAAGAGGCAGAACAAAGAGAGGAGAUUUUUGGUGGAGGGAGAGGAGGAGAGGAAGAUCUUGCAAUCAUUGUCUAAGGAUGUCCGGUAUAGAAGAUAUACCAUCAAAGAGAUUGAGAUUGCAACGAGUAACUUCUCUGAGAAACUCAAGAUCGGUGAAGGGGGAUACGGACCAGUUUUUAAAGCUAAUCUUGAUAGUACUCUUGUCGCCAUCAAGAUUCUCCGAGCAGAUACAUCUCAAGGAAUGAAACAGUUUCAGCAGGAGAUAGAAGUAUUAAGCUGCAUUCGACAUCCGAACAUGGUACUCCUCAUGGGCGCCUGUCCUGAUUGUGGGUGCCUGGUAUAUGAGUACAUGGCCAAUGGUAGCCUUGAGGACCGCCUUUUUUGCCGUGACAACACCCCUCCCCUCUCCUGGCAGCUCCGCUUCAAGAUUGCCUCUGAGAUCGCCACUGGUCUCCUCUUCCUACACCAGACCAAGCCCGAACCUCUCGUCCACCGCGACCUCAAGCCCGGCAACAUCCUCCUUGACCACAAUUUUGUCAGCAAGAUUGCCGACGUUGGGCUGGCCCGCCUUGUGCCCCCUUCAGUCACCGACUCUGUCACCCAAUACCGCAUGACUGCUGCUGCUGGGACGUUCUGCUACAUUGACCCCGAGUACCAGCAAACUGGCUUGUUGGGCAUCAAAUCCGACAUCUACGCACUUGGGAUCAUCCUCCUGCAGCUUGUCACGGCCCUACCACCGAUGGGGCUCGCGCAUAAUGUCGAGAGGGCAAUAAACGCAGGCAGGUUUAAACGGAUUCUGGAUGUUGCUGUGCCGGACUGGCCGAUGGAGGACGCGUUGAAGUUUGCGAAGCUAGCGUUGAAGUGCGCGGAGCUUAGGCGCAAGGACCGACCGGAUUUGCAGACAGUUGUGCUGCCAGAACUGAUCCGAUUGAAGGAGCUUGCCGACCAGCUGCAGCCAAGUCCAAGGUUUUCCUCUCGCCAUUGUUAUGCCAAUAGUUACCAGGAGGUCAUCAGCGUCCCCUCCAUAAAAGAUUCCAGCUUCCUAGAUGACAACCGAAUUGUGAAAGGCUAUACCAGGUCCAAGAUCAUGGGAGGAUUGAACAAGUAGUCAUUGCGGUGACCCAUUAUGCGGUUGGAUCCUUUUAUUCACUUGGAUAACCAAUGCUUAAAUUCAUGAAAGCAAAAAGAAGGAAAAACGCAAUUUGUA